AUGUUAAAAUCAAUUGCUGACCUAAUCACACCACUCAACGCGUCGUCGCGUCGGAGAGCGGCCCCUGAGAAUCCCGCAUCAAGCCGAGAACUGCCAAACGCAGCCUCGACCACCACUCUAGAGUUGUUUGACGUUGCAGUACUGAUACCCAUGGGUCUCCUAGCACCUGACACCACAUCGACAUAUGAGAGCCCCGAAAGCGCCUGGAGAGCUGCCGAUGACUUUGCCUUUGAGCAGGGCUACGCCCUUUCUAAGCCUGUAGGUUACGGUUCACGAGGUAGCAAGAAGCUGUUCUGUCACCGAAGUUGUCAUACAAUCUCCCCAGAUGGGCUUGACUCAAUAGAUGCACCCUCCCCUGCAGAGUGGUACUUUGAGGAUUCGUGUCCAUUUAGUAUGAGUAUUGUCAACUUUGCUCUCGAUCCCGAGAAAAAGCCAACAUGGAGGCUAUUAAGUGGCCGCCAACCCCACACGCAUGGCCCACGGGAUCUCUUACACCUCUGCAAAAUUCGCGUCUCAGACUUUGAGCAGGAGCAUAUUGAUCUCAUUCGGGAACAGUGUGCCCAGGGCAGUUCUGAUGAAUCUAUACUGAGCCUCGUUAAAGAACGUUUCACCCCUUGCAUGGAUCGUGUCUCGAUACGUGAUAUUCGCAGCAUCACGAAAAAGUUCAGGUUCGAAUCGGGCGGACUGUUUAUAUUCAUCCAGGAGCUUGACGACUACCUCACCGAGACCUGCGCAGUUCAUCACACGAGACAUGAUGGAAGGAACCGGCCAGAUUCAAAGUUCUUCAUGCUUGGCUCGGAAGACCCAUCAAAAGAUGCGAUGGGGAGAGGUUUCUUCCAGCUGUUGCUCAUCAAUGUCACACAACACGCAAUUCAAAGCUGGAAGUUGGCGGAAAUCAAUGGCUACACAGCACGGGGGACCACCUUCCCGAUCGCCGUCGCGGUCACAACUUCAGACCAUGCCUCUUUUUACCAAUGGCUCAUCGAACGAUUUUCCGAAGUCAGGGAUCCGGAACGUCAACCCACGGUGAUCAUCUCCAACAUCAACCCGGAUGUUGCCGAUGGCUUCAAACAUGCCUUCCCUGAAGCAAAAACACAGUUGUGUAUGUCUCACUUUUCAAAAGACAUCUUGAGAGUCGUAAAGGAGCUCUGGACAGGUGCGAAAGGCAAGGGGGCUUUGAUGAAACAGAGUGACCUAGCCAAAGAGGAUGGGACUGUCCCACGCCAGGAGAAUCAAGGAAGCGGGCGAAACGACUUUCUCAUGGCUUGGAAGCGUACUGUAUUCGCUUCUUCGGUUGCCGAGUUUGAAGAUGCAUGGGAAAAUCUGCAGACUGACUUUGCUUCCCAGACAAGUCUCCUUGAAUACCUGAAAGGGACAUACCUCCCGUUUCCAGAACAAUGGGCUCGGGCCUACACUAAUAAAUAUCGAAACUAUGCUGUCGACAACUCAACACCAAAAGGAGGUUUUCAGUCCAAAGCGCGAAGUUACUUUCAGACCCCAGCCCCCAACCUUCUGACUUUGGCUAAGGAGGCGUCGGAACAGUGCGAGUAUAUGACCCAUGAGUAUGCCGCGAGAGCAGUGAUGGAGUGCAAUCGUCGCAAAAACAAGGCCGCGGCCGUUGAUUUUUUCUAUGACAUUCACGACGUCAUCUCGGAAAAAGGAAUCGACAUGGCCUAUGAGCAGUAUUGUAUGGCGCGUGACUCUUUGAUUGAUCCUAUUGGGGAGGCCCUCAAACCUUGUACGAAGAGUUUGAUAACCCAACAUGGAAUUCCGUGUGCUCAUACAAUGAGCUCAAUGCUGCAAGUUGACCGUACGAAAAGCCCACCCGUGGUCACUGCACGGAAGCAUAUCUUGAGGGAACAUGUCGAUGCCUUCUGGAGUGGCCAUAGAGCAAUUGUGAGAAUCUCCCAUUGUGUUUCUAUCCUACGAGAGUUUCUAUUGACUACCUUUUUACUUGUCCUAUAUAGUCCACACCCCUCAGAAGAUUCACAGGCCCGCGAUCGCACACAGCAUCGUCUCAAAGAAUCGUCGAUCCAGCUGAUGUUACAGAAGAUCGAGCAAAUAGUGGAUUCCAGAACCAGUCUGCGCCCUCCCCUAUGUCGCGGAGUUUCUCGGGAUCCCUUGAAAGACCUACCCCUGAAUCAUCCAACCAACCUCAACCCAGGCAGACUCGGAAUAGGCCGCGACGCGGAGCCCAGGCUGGUUCUCAAGGAAUGGAGCUCAUUGACCUUACUUCCCCGCCACGUCAUGUUGAGCGGAGACAGCCAUCAGCUCAGUCACAUACAGCCAUAA